AUGUCCAUGUACCCUGGCCACCGCGGCCUCCCCCACCAGGGCGGCUCGUCGCGCCUGAACGAGCUCCUCGAGCAGGUUCGCGCCGAGUUCGACAACCAGGUCCGCGUCAAUGAAGACUAUGAGCGCCAGAUCCAACAACAAAUUCAGGAGGCUCAAGUCAUUAGAGAAAAGGUCUAUCAGCUCGAACAAGCGCACAUGAGCAUCAAGCAGAAGUAUGACGAGGAAAUCGUCCUUUUGCGCCGCCAGCUCGAAGGCACCCGUGGAGGAGCGCCUCAGCCACAAGGCAUGCAGGGCCCUCCCCAGCACGGCGGCCCCUCGAACGGUCCACCGCCCGCGAUCAAUGUCGGUAACAACCUUUUCAGCGGCAUCAUGACCGGUCAGGGUGGCCAAGGCGGCGGUUUGCCUCCUCAGCCUGUCCCUCAGGAGCAGCAGGCUCCCGGACAGCACCACCAGAUGCCUCAGGCCCCGCCUGGUCUUCAAGGCCCUCCUCCGCCUCCGCCGAGCCAGCAGCCGCCAUUCCAGCCGCCAUAUCAGCAGGGCCCUGCGCCCAACGGCUUCCCCGGCCAGGCGCCGUCGAGCACUGCUUCCCCUGGACCUGGCAAGCGCGGACUUGGUCGCCCGCCAGCCGGCGGCCCGGCUACCCCCCAGAUCAACACCCCGAUGCCGUAUCCCGGCCCCGGAGCCUCGCCCCAGGUCGCCAACCACCCCACACCCGACCACCGAGCGAUGCAGCCUCACCCUGGUCCUGGCAUGGUGAACAAUGCCCUAGGCGAGGUUGAUCUUGAGCGCCUCCCUGCUCACUUCAAGAAGACCCGCGACGACUGGUUUGUUGUCUUCAACCAGCAGGUCCCGCGUACUCUUGAUGUCGACCUUGUCCACACGCUCGGCCAUGACAGUGUUGUGUGCUGUGUUCGCUUCAGCCACGAUGGCAAGUUCAUUGCCACUGGUUGCAACCGCUCCGCCCAGAUUUACGAUGUCAACACUGGCGAGAAGCUGUGUGUGCUGCAGGACGAGAACGCCGACGUCACUGGCGACCUUUACAUCCGCAGUGUGUGCUUCAGCCCUGAUGGCAAGUACCUGGCCACUGGUGCUGAGGAUAAGCUCAUCCGUGUGUGGGAUAUUCAGAACCGUACCAUCCGCAACACUUUCGCGGGCCACGAGCAGGACAUCUACAGUUUGGACUUUGCUCGCGAUGGCCGCACUAUCGCUUCCGGCAGUGGUGAUAGAACCGUUCGCCUGUGGGAUAUCGAGACUGGCAGUGCCAUGUUGACGCUAAGCAUAGAGGACGGCGUCACCACUGUUGCCAUCUCGCCGGAUACCAAGUACGUUGCUGCCGGCUCUCUGGACAAGAGCGUGCGCGUCUGGGACAUCAAGGGUGGAUACCUCCUCGAGCGUCUCGAGGGCCCUGAGGGACACAAGGACAGUGUUUACUCGGUUGCAUUCUCGCCCAACGGCAAGGACCUCGUCAGUGGCAGUCUUGAUAAGACGAUCAAGAUGUGGGAGCUGUCAACACCUCGUGGCAUGCAGGUACCCAACCCUAAGGGCGGUCGGUGCGUCAAGACCUUUGAGGGACACAGGGACUUCGUCUUGUCGGUUGCGCUUACGCCCGAUGCCAACUGGGUUCUGUCCGGCUCCAAGGACCGCGGUGUGCAAUUCUGGGACCCGAGGACGGGGUACACCCAACUCAUGUUGCAGGGACACAAGAACUCGGUCAUCUCGGUCGCGCCCAGCCCUGCUGGAACUUUCUUCGCCACUGGUUCCGGUGACACUCGUGCCCGUAUCUGGUCGUACCGCACUAUCGCAUAG